AUGAAUCCCAUCAUGUCGCUGCUGUCACCCAGAGGCUCUGGGGAUGUGGAUAUUGAUCGGAGUGUGCAACGAUGGAACUUUGCUUGUCAGUCACUAUGUAUCAUUGGAAUGGUGACGUUCUUUGCACUCCGGCUAUAUACUCGAAUGUUCAUUCUGAGUGGGUUGGGAAGAGAGGACUGGGCAUGUCUAGUAGCAACGGUCCUCGGAAUCACCUACUCUGUCAUCGCGAUAAUCAUGGGACACUAUGGCGGAGGCCUACAUUGGUCUGACGUCGCCGAUGAGAAUAAGAUCCCAUUCCAAAAGACCAUCUACGCCACCAUGGUCAUGUACGGACCAACAGCCUACCUCACGAAAAUCUGUCUCCUUUGGAUCAUGACCCGAGUCUUCAGCCCUUUCCGAAAAUGCGUCAUCUUCAUCAGAAUCUUCAUGGGACUGAUGCUGGCAUACUACAUCCCUGCUGUGAUCGUCAAAGUUCGAAUCUGCAGCCCCAUCGCCCGAUUCUGGGACCAGAGUCUCGACGGCUCAUGCCUCGACGAGAAUUCAAUCAUCAUGGCUGAUGCUGUAGUCAGUGUGGUCAGUGAUUUGAUCAUUCUGAUCUUACCAUUGCCAUUGACAUUGACCCUGCAAAUGUCGACAAAAAGAAAGAUGCGCGUGAUGGGAAUUCUGGGCGCCGGUGGCUUGGCCGUUGCAGCAAGUAUCAUUCGACUAGCCCUGAUUGUCGUUACCGGACAGUCGAAGGAUAUCUCACUCGCUUUCAUGCGCAUCAACAUGCUUGGUAAUGCCGAAGUCGCCAUCGGCGUCAUUUGUACCUGUCUCCCGGCCCUUUCAGCACUCAUCAUCCGCAUGUACACCGAAUACUCCAGCAACAAAGUCGAGUCCAAUUACAAAAUGAGUACAAUGCGGGAUCAGACCGGGAUCGAACGAAGCAGGCAACAGAUGAGCGUGAUGCAGACGGAGUCGGACGAAGACGUCCUGAUGUACAACGCACAAGGGAACCCUAAGAUCGAAACGGUCAUUCGGGGCGAUAGUGCAGGGCGCGAGGAGUCUCCAAGUAUGGUUUUUGGUGGCAUUGGAGUUACCAAGACGGUCAAUGUGUCAACCUCUGUGGAGCCUCGAUGA